AUUCCCACCUGCCCCUUUAUCCCAGGACUCCCAGGAGGUGACCCCACUCGGGGGCGGGGGCUGUAGUGCAGCUGGAGCGGGACAUUCCCGGUGCCCUUCGGCGACAGCCUCCCGGGAGGUCCCCAUUGUCGCGGUUACCAGGAGACAGAGUCGCAUUCCGCGGGCGCAUUCCGCAGCUCCUGGGCCUGCUGGGGAGGUCCCGCACGUCCAGCCAUGGCGUAGGGCCGUACCUCGUGCCAUUCCCGGCUCCAGGGGGCCGUUCCCAGGGCCAGAAUGCCGUCCCUGCCGCAGGACUCGCCCGCCGCGGGAUUGGGGACGGGGUUCCCCAUGGUGAGGGGCCCCCCCUCCGAGCUCAUGGGCUUUUACAUCACCAGCUACGAGGCAGCCUUUGGGAAGAGGCCCACGGGGUCACCCCAAAAGUUCGAGGGGAGGCGCGUUUUGGGGAUUGAGCCCCCCAGUGACAGGAGUAUGCGCCCCCUCCUCGGCGUCCACACCGGCUCGGGAUACGUCACCAACAACUACGCGGCGGCCGCGGCCGUGGUCUUCCCGUACGUGGAGCGCCAGGACACCGACGUGUCCACCACCUCCGAGGACUUCAAGGUCUUCGGGCGCCCGGAUUACCGGAGGCUCUUGCCCGCGUAUGUGGAUGAGCUGGAGUGUCGCUAUCCCGCUGGCUUCUCCUUUUCCCGCCUCCGUUUCGGGGAGGUGACAGCCCCAAAAGCGUCCAGGGAAAAUGACACCUGGAGCCCCCACAGCAGUCCUGCCCAGCCAGAUGUCCCGCAGAGGACGACGGAGCUGUCGGGCUUCACCAGCACUGACCCAGGGAGUGACCUCACCCUGCCAGAGCAGCCUGUGAGCCCUGUCCCCACCAUGUCCCCUGUCCCCCCACCCCUCAGCACUCCGGGGGACGCUUUUCCUCUCCCACAGCCUGAUGUCCGCGGUGGUCAGAUGGAUUCCUUGCCUGCCAUAUUCAGCACCCCCCAGCCUGCCAUGGGCCGCCCUGCCCCCUUCGCCCCCCCGGAGCUCCAAGUUGCACCCAAGGGAGUCACUACCGAGAAGGAGCCGCUGACCUACAGCACUGUCCAGAACGAGUACCUGACCAAGUUCACCCCGCUGGCCCCUGUAGCACCAGGCUGGUGGGCGCAGACUCCAAUCACCUGGGCGCCAAGAUCUGUGGAGGGCAUCCAGAUCCCGAGUCCUAGUGGCUUCAGCACCAACAACCACCCCACCAACCUGUGGCACAUCGAUAAAACCCUGAUGUGAUCCCCCCCCCUCAAAAAAGUGCUGCUGCAUCCCGGGAUUCCCAUCCUUGGCUUUUCCCAAAUCCCCGUGGGAGGAAUAAAGAUCCUGCGUGAUGCCA